UAACCACUAACUACAUACCACAUUCAGUAGAAAAACAUUACCAACGAACAAAAUUCCAGGUUUUAUAACCUUUAAAUUUCAUUUCGUAUUUUAAUAGAAAACUGAGAUUAUUUUUUGAUUUUGCUUUCAAUUUGCAUUAAAUAAUCGUUUUUGUGAGAAAUAAUGUCUCUUCUAAAGAAAAUUGUUGGGCCUUCUUUACAGUUCAAUAGAGGUAUAAAGAAACGAUUGUUCAAUUGGUAUGGAGAAGGCAUUCAGUAUCCUGGAUUUAAAUAUUAUCCAAGAAAACCUGAUUUUCAAGAUCCUCCAUAUGAAGCGACAAAACUGUUUCGAGUGGAACGUAUAAAACCAUUAAAAGGUGCUCCAUACUGGGAGAAACAAAUCUUGAAAGAAUUCAAGCUUGAUGGAAAGACAAAUUCAUUUGUAAUCGUGAAAAAUAUUCCUGAAAACAAUCAUCGGUUAUGGAGAGUGAAACAUAUGAUCAAAAUAACACCUAUAACUUAUCCUGACGGAUUUCCUGAAAAUGAUGAUGUUACUUUUCUUGAAGAUACUGGUAAAUUGAGAAUAAUUAAAAAAAUUUCAACACUGGAUGAAGCGAAAUUACAAUUGACUGAAAAUUUCCAAAAGGAUUUGAAAAAAUUAGAUGGCGAUACUUUGAGGAGACAUUCACGAAAAAAAUGGUUGAGUGGAUGGGACACACUGUGUUAAUUCACCAAAUGAUAUUCAAUGUUUGUUUUCUUCAAAUUAAUUACAAUGGAUAAAUCUAUAAAAUUUAUCAAUAUCUACAGAAACCAUAUACAUGAUAUGCAAUAGGUUCAGUGUAAUGAUACACAUCAAGCAUUGUAAUGAAAAUAUAUGAGAUAGUUGUGAGACCUAAAAAA